GGGGGGUCUAGCAAGUAAUAAUAAUAAUAAUCAUUCCAACGAUUGCAAGCUCGGGGCGAGCCAGCCCGAAUGCCUCUCGACACUCGGCGACCAUGGCUGCGGUGAGGCUGCUGCUGUACGCGGGCUUGGCGCUCGCUCUGUGCGCCCUGGGGCUCCUGGCGGCCGCGCUCUGCACCGACCACUGGUACGAGACGGAUGCGCGCCGCCACCGUGAGCGCUGCCGCAGCUACGGCACGAAGCGUCGCGACCCGGGCUACAUCUACACGUCCAACAACAACCUGCCCCUCCGCCAGAGCCCCUUCGUGCAGGUGGUGCGCCGCAGGCCAAACUCGCCCGAGCGAGCGAGCGCCGCGCGGAACGGCACCGCCGAGAUGGGCGACGCAGAGGCGGGAGUCGAGAGGCACCGCGACUCGAGGCAGCAGCAGCAGCAGCCGGCCCCGCUUCGGGCGAGACGCGCCACGAUCCGCCGAGGUGGCGGCGGCGGCGGUGGUGGUGGUGGUAGUGGUGCUGUUGCUGCUGCUGGCUCAUCCGGGAUGAUUCGACUCACAGUCGUGGACGGGAAACCGGCGAUGCUCCUCCGCCGCCAAUGUUCGUUGAGAAGACGCCGCCACCACCACCACCACCGCCGUCGCCGCAGCAGCCACGGUCAUCAUCCACCGCAAUCGUCAUCGUCAUUAUCGGCAUCGCCGCCGGCGGCGUUGGGGGUCGGCGUGGCUGGUCGCGGGGGGCCGCGCGUGCAGGCGUCGAGCAGGCGCAGGAGGCGCCAGGUGUUCGGGCCGGGAGGAGCCCCGGACCCGGACUGCGUGCGGCAGGCCAACUCCACGGAGAUGGGGCUGUGGAGCAAGUGCUACCGAGACGGCUUCGACGACGAGAUCGAGGAUCUCAUCGCCAAAGGCAUCAUCCAGCGCUGCUUCCCGAUAAAGUAUCACUACUCGUCCACGUCGCUGCCAAAAAACCUGCCUUACAACGUGACGCGCGCCAUCCGGCAGGACGAGUGGCACUCGCUCCACCUGCGGCGCAUGACGGCGGGCUUCCUGGGAAUGGCGGUGGCGAUCCUGCUGUUCGGCUGGGUGCUAGGCGUGCUGGGAUGCUGCUGGGAGAGGGGACUCAUGCAGUACGUGGCCGGCCUGCUCUUCCUCAUGGGCGGCACCUUCUGCAUCAUCUCGCUGUGCACGUGCGUGGCCGGCAUCAACUUCGAGCUGUCACGAUACCCGCGCGGCCUCUACGGCCUGCCGCCGGACGUCACGCACGGCUACGGCUGGUCCAUGUUCUGCGCGUGGGGCGGCUUGGGGCUCACGCUCCUGGCCGGCUUCUUCUGCACGCUGGCGCCCUCCGUGCAGAUCCCCACCAGCGCCCCGGCGAGCGUCGCCGGCUCGCCAAAGCCCCGACCAGAAAACGGCGCCGUGUGAUCUCCGAGCGGCCGUUCUCCCGCCGGUCCGGUCGGCCGGUUCCGCCAGGUUCCGUCCGUCGUCUGAACGAACACCCCCCACCCCUCACGGCUCGCCGUCUAGGGUUACCACCUCUCUGAGAUACAACAGCAACAACGACAACGGAAAAACCGGGAACACUCCGAGGGAAGAAGAUUAUCUCUCACAAUGCCGAGAGUGGGCAGAGCUACGGUGUAAACGCGUUGCCUCUCAAGUGCGCUUGCGCUAUUUACGCAUCGGACUAAAAGCGAGGCUCUUAGCGUCCUGGCGCAGACUUGCAGAUUUGCCUCAAAAAAGAAGAUGAUCCUGGGCAAACCGGGAUAGGUGGCAACCCUAUCGCCAUCCUGCGUCUUUGUGGAGUGGAAUGUCCGGCCUGGCCCGUCUUCUUUGCCUUUGCGAUUCCACUCUCGAUUGUUGCCUCUGUGACAGCGGAGGCUGGGAUGGACGCCACCUUCUUCUUCUUCGAGUGUGCAGGCAGUGCAACUGCACAAGAGGUCAACAGGUCAGAGGGGCUCCAGGCGCCAGGCUAUGAAGAAGGGGGAGGGGGGGGGAAUUGGACAGGGGGGAGGCCCCCCAUUUCGUAAUUUGCACCAGGGCCCCAUGUCAAACACGCUCAUGCCAAUGGCUAUCUUCGUCUUGAAACCAUCUUAACAUGGAGGCCCCGUGCUAUUGAGAACGUGCUGGGCAUGCAGAUGCGAGGAUUAUGAAACCAUGCGCUCUAUGCCAUCCAGAGAUGGGCUGCGUUAAACGACUGUGUCGAGCAAAGGCAAAAAUGUGUCGGGGAACCCUAAAGAUGUACGCAGGAAUUGAGACACCUGACUUUCACGCUCGCGGACCGGGGUAGCGGAGCUGGCAAGGAAACGCAUCGCUUGACCGUGAAAAAGCCUUGAGUAACCGGACGGUCUUGCACAUCUGAAUUCGCAAGACUAAAAUGUCGUGGCUUCAAUGACCCCCAUCCCAACGCAAUCACGAUGACUCCCUGUAUUAUUAUUUCCUCCCCUCCCCCCCCCAACCCCAACUCGCGUGCGCUUGACCAAUUCGGUGCAGCCGGGUCGGGGAGAAGGAGUGCGGCGCGACCUCGCGCAGAACGAAGGGUGCCAUCGAAGAAGAAGAAGAGCCACCGGCGCCGCCGCUGCCGCCCGUUACCCGGCAUAAUUAACGCGUCACGUUAACCCAGGCGCGGGGCUUCCCCUCGUCAGCGGCGACCUGAGAGCCGCGCGUUAACGAGCUCAUCUCGGACGGACUCCUCUUAACGGGACGUGCGCUCUGCGGUACCCUCCCCCCCCCCUUCUCCGGACGCCGGGCCGCGCACCGCACUUGGCGGUUGCCCUGGCCCCGCUGCCCCCGCUGCCCCCGCUGCCCCCGCUGCCCCCGCUGCCCCCGCUGCCCCCGCUGCCCCCGCUGCCCCCGCUGCCCCCGCUACCGCAGCCACCGCCGCAAAACGCCCCUGACCCCAUUACCAUGCGGAGGCAUUAAAGAAACGCUGAAAGCAUGCAACUGUCGUUCAUGUCGGCAUUCGGUAACGAGACGGUUUAACCUUACAGAAGGUCGCGGCAAAUAGCGGCCGCGCUCCGCUAUAAUGGGCGUUGGUGGCGGGAGGGGGGGGGAGGGGGGCUGGAGGGGUGGGGGGUCCGUCGCGCCAAAUGACGCGGGUCCCCCGUAGGCGGUUGUUGGCGCUGAAUGGCCUCGCUGAUCUUUUCAUCUGUUGGAGUGCCGUGGAAACUGUGCAAAUGAUCUGUUCGGACAGGAAGAAAGAAAAAAAAGCACGUCUUCUUCGUCCUCUCAGACGUGUUCGAUUGCGAAACGUAGGGGAGUUUUAGUUUUACUAUGAAGCUCCCCCCACCCCACCUGUCCCCCCUAAGCAUCCACCUCCCACUCCUCCCCCCCGCCGACCAAAGGGGACUUGCAAAUGGUUAAAAAUGCAUCUUGAGCGGGCGCGUGUGCGUCCCGAGAUUAUGCAGCGCACACUUAAGCGUAUUGCCGGCGAAGGGAGGGAAUGAAAGCCUGACCUUAUGCUGUGGCAUUAAAACAAGCGACAACAUCCUUACACUCUGCAUUUCGCGAUAGACACGGGGGAUUUGUAUUCAUGACAGCUCCCCGAGCAGAGCCUUGUUUACGACAGACCGGCCGAUCCGCGGCUCUCUGCUCACCUAGAGUCUACCUUAGGGGAAAUGUCAGCCCUUUUUGUCCCUUGAACAGUGGGCCUGGGAGAGAUGCCUUCGUCAAUUUUUAAUGAAAUAUAUCCAAGCCACCA